AUGAAGCCCAGCAGCCUCUUUCUACUCACUGUGGCCGUCCUCCUUUGCCUCCCUAUGGCUCAACCUGGAUCCUGGUGGCACAAAGGUGAGGAAAAAGCUGGGUAUUGCCCAGAGUUUUAUCUUAACUGCCGUUUCACCAUGAUUCCCAAGUGCAGCCAAGAUAAAGGCUGCAAGGGAGACCAGAAGUGUUGCUUCUACUACUGCCGGAGGCAGUGUGUCGAACCAUGGUGGAGUUUGGAUUGA